GAAAUAUUUUUGUGAGGCAAAGGCGACACCGUUAAUAACAGAAUCAGCGAGGGAGAAAUUUCUCUUUAUAUGAUAAUGGACUUCAUGUGCCUUGAUAUCGUCACAGCCACGUCAUUUUUUGGCAAAAAGACAAGAUAGCCUAUCGGAACGGGACUCUUAUGAAUGAGUUUCUUUUGCAGCUGUGCGCUGCUUUAAAAAGCUCAACUCCUCCGAGUCUAUUAAAAAAAAAAGGGACGCACUGAAGAAACCAAACCUUCAGGAUCUUCUCACGGUCACCGUCGCAAUGUCUGUUGCUUUUAGGGUUCACUUUUAUUUCUUCUUGAUCUGCCUGUCAGCUCUCAGGGGUGAAAGCAGAUACUUAGAGGAUAACGAGAUUUCUCAAGAUGGUAUAUUCUCACUUCUUAACUCUGAAAUUAAAAGAGAAUUGUCGGAAGACAUUAUAUAUCGACGGCCUCUCAGAUGUAUUGACAUGCUGACCAUGGAGGGCCAGUUUACUUUCACUGCUGAUCAUCCGCAACUGCACUGUGCUGCAUUUUUUAUUGGGGAGGCCCAAGAGAACAUCGGCAUUGAAUACAAUUCAGUGAAUAUCGACUGCAGUGGAGGAGACUUUAUAAAGGUGUUUGAUGGCUGGAUAUUAAAAGGAGAGAAAUUUCCCAGUUCCCAGGAUCAUCCUCUCCCAACCUAUGAACGUUACAUUGACUACUGUGAAACUGGAAGCAUCAGGAGGGUGAUCAGAUCAUCCCAGAAUGUGGCAAUGCUAUUUUUUAGGAUUCAUACUCCAGGAAAUGGAUUUACCAUAACAAUAAAGAAAAUCAUCAACCCAUUCCCAUGCAAUGUCAUAUCCCAGACUCCAGAGGGGAGCUUCACCAUGGUUAUUCCUCAUCAGCACAGAAACUGCAGUUUUUCAAUUAUUUAUCCUGUUCAAAUCAAGAUAGCCGAGCUGACUCUGGGACACUUUAAUGACCUUCAAGUAAAGAAACCCCGCUGUGGAGGAGCAGGAGAUUUUGUGGAGCUUCUGGGAGGAAAUGGCGUCGAUCCAUCCAAGAUGUUUCCCGUCGCUGACCUCUGCUACUCAUUCAGUGGUCCUGCCGAAGUAAAAAUCGGAUGUGACAAUACUGUGGUACGGAUGGUGUCCAGCGGAAAAUUUGUCAACCGUGUGUCAUUUGAGUAUCGACUGCUUGACCGCCGUGACCUUGAAAAGCAAAAAGGGAACAGUGUUGAAGAUUUUUGUUAUUCUGCUGAAUAAAAAAUAAAAAAAAAAACAAACAUAAAGACCUGCUGCUGGAUGAGCUCGCUGCCAUUUUUCUUUUGCCAAACCGCUGUGAUGGUCAGAUCUGUCGUUAUUAUGCAAUUUACAGCAAUCUGAUAGGUCACUUAUGGGAAAGAAUUCAUUCCUUUUCAGAUCAUUACAAUAACUGGUAUAUGUAUUAAACUUGUAAAUUAUUAUUUUUUGUUUUGCUAUUAUCUCUGAGCAAAAGCUCAAUAACAUAUUUAUUAUUUAUGUUGAUACCAGUAUUCUGGCAUUAUGUUCUCUUUUAGUUUAAUUUCUAUAAAGAAAUAUUUGCAAUGUGUUACUGUUUUAUGUUACUAUGUGUAUUCAGUUCCUUAGCAUUACUGUAAAAGUGCCAGAUUUUAGGGAUUCAGCAUUACGAGAAACUUUGUAAAAUUAACUCUUGAACAUAUUUAUAUUGCAAAGUCAGAAUAAACACCACAAACUGGACAAUAAAACAGUUAGCAGAU